UCAGCCCUAUAGUUUUUUUUGAGCGCGCGCCGGUGCGGGUCGGGAGAGUGCGUGGGCUAGAGAGCGUCGUUCGGGGAUUUUAUAGGUCUGCUUGAGCUCAACGCAGUGUGGACUGUUCGAGUCUGUCUCCGGACUGGUCACUGACCGAGGCGCACGCACCCGCACAUAACGGGUAGCACAUGGUCAGGGGGAGAGCAGUGAAGUCUGACAGAGUGCGUCGCGCGCAGUCAGGAUUUUCAAACGGAUCACCACGACUGAUACAUUCAUUGACGACUGGUGUUUUCAGGUUUAUUUCUUCUGGACGUUGUGGUAGAAUUUAUUUUGAAUGCCAUUUCGCUUCUCUUUGAAGUUAGGCCUACACUUGGAGAAAGAAAUUUGACAUUUGUUCUUCCUGUGUCCAUAGCCCACUUGAUCAUGCAUUUCCUUUUGAAAGAGACAUUUUUCUUCGAAUUCAGACACGUAUUGAAAACACCACAAGUACCGCGUUGAGUUAAGCAGAAGUAGCGUUUGGGGUCUUGUCUGCAGCAUAAGGUAGAAAUGAUUAAUGCAAAAACAGAAGUUUUGUUGCUCUUGGGCGCUUUCCUCAUCGCCUGCUGCAUUGGGAACGUGGAUGGUUUGCCUCGGUACCACCAGAGCCAAACCAGUAAACUACAGGAUGCGGUUUUUCCUGAGGCAAAUCUGCAGACACCUACCAAGGAGGUCCAUCACCACCCGCAUCACCCACACGGCCCCCUGCAUCACCUGAACCAGGUGCAGAGCGUGCUGUCGUCUCCGCGCCAUCGUCACAAGCGGAGGUGGUCUCAGCUCCGCUCCGCAGGGGUGCUCCCUAAACCUCAGCCCCAGGAGGAGGUGGAGGAGCAGCAGGAGGAGGAGGACACCAAGCCUUUCGUCCUGGAUCUGAAGAACUUUCCAGAACUGGCCAACGCCGAGAUCAGUUCCCAGAACCCAAACAUUCAGGUCACCAUAGAGGUGGUGGACGAGCCGCAGAUGCAGAUGGAGAUGGAGAUGGAGCUAGCCGGCAGCGAGACCGACAGCAAAUGGCCUCCUCCCCUCGCCUCUUCCUCUCCAGUCCUAGGAGUCGCCGCCUCGGCUACACUGGCCUCCUCCUCAUCCUCCUCCUCCUCCUCCUCCUCAUCAUCAUCAUCAUCUCUCUCCAUCUCUUCCACCUCGGCCUCUUUACCCACCUCUCUGUCCUCCUCCUCCUCCUCCUCCUCCUCCUCCUCCUCCUCCUCCUCCUCCUCCUCCUCCUCAGCUCCUUCCACGGUGGACUGGCCGGAGGGGAAGAAGCUCUUCUGGCCCCUGUUCUGGGGCUACACGGACUCGGACUCGAGCGAGGACGGCACCGGGCGCUCCUCCCUGGAGGACGUGGGAGGAGGCGGAGGGGGCGUGGGGGAGGAUGACUAUCCUCUGGAGUACGAUAGCGGAGAGCCCCCGCUGAGUGGAGUGGACGUGACCGGAGGAGGAGGAGGAGGAGCAGGAGGAGGAGAAGGAGGGGAAUGGGACAGCCAGUGGAACGAAGGAUGGGACGCCACGCAGGGAUACGACGAGAUGAGUGAGGAGUGGAGCACCUGGUCCCCCUGCAACGUGACAUGUGGCCAGGGCCAGCAGAUACGCAGACGCACGUGUGGCUACGCCUGCACUGCCACGGAGACGCGCACCUGCGACCUGGAACCAUGCCCCGAUGAUCUAAAUUUGGUGGCCGACCUGUUCCCGUUUCCAAUGGUGAAUGGCUCCGAACCCUUCGGCACCGACGUGGACACCUGUGAGAAGUGGCUGAACUGUAAGAGCGAGUACCUGCAGCAGUAUAUUCAGACGGCGCUGGCGGAGCUACCCAGCUGCCCUUGCGUCUACCCCGAGGGCCUGGCGCUGGCGGCGGCGGCGGUGGAGGUCUUCGACGAGGUCCACGUUCGGACGUUUGGCUGGCACGAUGCCAGCAGCCCAAAGGACCGCCUGGAUAUCUACAAGCCGUCGGCGAGGACGUGCGCCCGGUCGGCCCUGCGGAGCGACGGCACGACGCUGGCGGCCCAACACUGUUGCUACGACGAGCAGGGGCAGCUCCUCACGCGAGGGAAGGGCGCCGGCACGCCCAACCUCAUCAGCACCGAGUUCUCCCGCGAGCUCCACUUCAAGGUGGACGUGCUGCCCUGGAUACUGUGCAAGGGCGACUGGAGCCGGUUCCACGAGGUGCGGCCGCCCAACAACGACCUGGGGUGCCCCGCCAACCCUCACGAGGACGUCUUCAUGAACGAGCUGGAGGAGGCUCGCGAGUACUGAGGAGGAAGGACGGACACCGGACUGGAUCAGAACCGGAACUGGAUUUAAAAAAGCGGACGGGAUGGGAACUGAUCUGAUCCAGACUGAAAGUGGACAGAAACCAGACUUAAACCGAACCACCAGAUCAGGGCUGGAUGAACUACAAUAGAUUGGGUUGGUAGUCCUGUCAUAUAUGCCUUCUACCUGCCUGCAUGUUCACACAGUUGUUCACACAGGUGCGUUCACCAAGCUCCACCCAGGGAUCAACUGGCUGACUGAAUUUGGUUGAAACAGAUACUAUGUGGCGGAUGCCUUUACUAACUGAUCCUGGAUUAGUCCACCUCUGACCAGUGGCAAAUUGAUGCAGACUGUUUCAGAUUAUUAGAGGAAGAAAAAUAAGUUUGACUGACCGAUCACCUCCACCAAGGCUCAAGAAGAGUUCAAAACUGGAUGGCAAGGCCAGAAAGAUGCAGUGUUCGAUGGAAAGCAAGGUAUAUUUAGGUAUAGUACAUCACCAAAACACCAAUGAAGUCAAGCCGUAUCCCGUCCAAUAACAAGGAACUCAAUCAAACCACAAAAAUAUGUCUCUCAAUGUGAGGCCAAUGUUCCACUUGGUAGUUUUCGCAAACCGCUUCACCGACCACUCAAGCUAACUCAAACUCCAGACUUACUCAAAACAUGCCCAAACAAAGAUUUUUUUCAUCAUGGUCUUUUUUAUGGAUUUCUUAAAUCAUCCAAGCUCUGGUGCGACAUCAAGCACAAGAGCACAAUGCCCGUUUUCAUCAGUCAUUUUGUUGUUGUUGCUGUUGUUGUUUUUCUUGUUGUGGUUGGCAUGUGUACUGCAUGUAACUUAAAUGCCACUCUGGUCUCGGCAGGACCAGCAUGUUACAUACAUGUAUGUCCAUUGGCAAGGCAGCAUUUAGAGAUUUCAUCAGGUUUUUCUUUAAAACCAAUGUCAAUGAAUUGUCACACACGCAGAUAUACACACGCACACAAAAAUACAGACAGGAAGACACACACCAUUUGCUAAUGUCAGUGACGCUGCUUAGAUGAUGCUGUGUGACUAGGUGGGUGUCUGACACUGAUGUGUAGAGAUGUAGUACUAUGAUGUUUGAUUAGACACAAGUCCUUUUAAGAUUUUUUAUUUCUUUUUCAAACAGUCACCCACCCACACACAUACAGCAUGUAAAAAAAACAGCUUGCAAUGGGCUGAGACAUUAGACAGAGUUCUUUUUCUUCAACUGAAACUAAGCAACACCAACUUAACGGGAUCAAACACUGCAUGUGUUUGUGUGACUGGGCCAUGUUGUCUUGACUGUGGGAAGCUCAGCCUUUGGAAACUAUUUUGGCUCAGAGAGAGAGAGAGAGAGAGAGAGAGAGAGAGAGAGAGAGAGACUGAGAGGUCCGCAGGCUCAAAUAGAGCUCAACACUGCCGCAAAGUGGGAGAGAAUGUGAGACACCCAGUGUUCAGUAUUCAGUGCCCCAGUGAAGUGGGUGGUGUAAUCAAAAUCAGAUGUACCGUAAUGAACAUCUUGACAAGAUAUCUUAUUAAGCAUCUAGAAGAUGGAAGAGCAUCUGUCGACUGGCAAACACGCCCAUGCCAACACCGGCCUUAAACAACAACUCUCUUUGCUUGGAUUGCCCUUGCUUGCUGUCAUUCCCAAAUUAGCCAUUUAAAAAAAAAACAGAUUUUUGUUCUAUCAAGAAACUUUGGAGCAAAACAUUGUACAUGCCACCUCUCAUUAGAAGUCAGUUGUUGCUAUGUUUGUCAAGCACCUGUGUUUAUUGAUUGCUUUUUUUUUUUUGGACACAUGCCUCCUUCCUUUUAAUACUGUCAGCAAAUCACUGACAAUUCCUGGCACCGAAAGGAGAGGACAUCUUUUCACUGUUAAACUCAGGGGGAGAUCAUUAUUAUUUCAGUUAGAGUAAAUGUACCUCUAUGACGAAGCACUAUUGGUACUUAGCGUUAAUGAAGAACGAUGAAUGUUAGCGAGUAAAAUAUAUGGAUAAAGUAGUUGGUGUAAGUGAAGAUCGGAGAAUGAAUGGCACACUGUUGAUACCAUUUGUGCAUUUGCAUAAUAAUCCAGCUGCAGUCUUUAUUGGCAAAAGUAUGAAGUUCUUGCUCAUGUCAGUCAAUGUAUAUGUUAUAAUGAUAUAAUUAUUAUAUAUCUCACUAUUAUUCCAAUAACAUGUUACGAUGCCUGUAUUAAUUUGUGGACUAUUUUCAGGAACAUAAUGAUUUUGUGGUGUGUGUGCAUAAUGUGCGUCACACUCACACUUUAUGAAAGGCACUUUAUUCAAAGUAGGCUAUAUAUGAGAGUUGACCCGUCAAAUGACUUUGAAUUUGUUGUAUACGUGGAGAAAGGAUGACUGUUUGCCAGAAAUGCUGCAUUCUUUUCUUUGAAGUGCUUCGUGUCAUGCAAGUCCUAUAUAUAAGUCAUUUCAUUGACUAUCCUUAAAACGUUUUAUCCCUGUACAGUAUUUAUUGUCCAUUUUGUAACGUUUUAAGCUUUUAACUGUUGCUUCUGUCCAUGCGGUGCACCACCCACUGAGAGCCACAGGUCAAAAGGGAAUUCACAAGUCUCACGCCUCCUCCGUAGCAGUGACUGCAUCCGGGGGCAAAAACAACAGAACAAUGUUAAUCCAUGUACAUCAUCAUCAUUCCUGUCUCAUUUCACUGCAUCAAGCAUUUUAAAAA